AUGGAAGUUUGCAAGAUCAUCAUCUCCGCCAUAAUUGCCGCAGUGUUAAACUCAGUAGCACAUAGCGCACCCGUGCACAAUACUCCGAACACAGUUGAACUUUUCCUUAUUUCCGUGCUUCCUUCAAGAGUCACUAACGCCACGCAAGAGGUAUUUUGAAUUGUAGAUAUUCUUCUUUGAUCACUGUUAUAGACAUAAGAGAAAGAAGAGGGGGGUUUCGAUUCAUGUCAACUUCAAUUCCAAAAAUUCAUAAGAAUGUGUUCCCAAGUGAUGAGAAAGUUCAACACGAGACCUCCGUAAGUUUCAUGUUACCAAGCAACAUUUCUGGGGAUUACACCGUCUGCGAAGAGAGGAUAAUCCUCUGCUUUGUUAUUUAAGUUAAAUCAAGAACAUUACUUGCCAGAUGUCGAUGUCUUUCCCUCACGUAACCUUCACCUUCAUUUUGGUAGUCUGCUUUUGAAAAAUCCCCACUGGCGGAAGAAAACGGCGACUUUUCAUCGUUAAGAUUCUCCUUUUUUUUUUUUGUUAACUUUUACAAUCCCCCCUCCCGUCCUCCAACCCCUGCUGUGUAUCUUGUAUUCAAUGGGCAUUUGUUGAAUGUCGUAGAACUGACAAACGAUUCAAAAAAUAUUUUCCAUAUAUUUUACAGAUGAAGAACGUUCAUCAGUUUAUUACCUCGUCAAGCUACCUUGAAGAUACGGGACUCUUGCUACCAAAUAUCAACGGACAAGGGUGUACCUCAAGUCAGGUAUUUAUUUAAGUGUGUUAAAUCUAUACAUUUAUAGGUGACAGGAUAAAAAUGAAACAGAAUUGAGCGAGACCGCGCAGCUUAUCGAAGUAAUUAUAUUACACCUAACACGCAGCUAAAAAGCGCGAAAGAAAAUUUGUAUGAGUUAAAAACUACCUUCCCCGAAUAUUGAUUUCAUCCUCAGUCUCUGCAGUAUAUUUAUCACGAAACAACAAAUCUUUUAUAAAACACGCUUUAUGCAUAGUUUUGAUGCAAAAUAUUGUGAAGCUUCGAAGAGUCAACAGCUCACCUCUAACCGAGUUUACUGUAUAUCAGUCACCCAGCGAUUCAGUCAUAUCUCACAUGUAAUGCAAAGAUUUUUUAUAGGUUUUUCAGAACAAGAUUUCCUUGAUUCUCUGUGAAUUGGUAAAAAUCCGUUUCCAAUUUAAUAAAGAUUAACAGUACUAUAACCUCUGUAAGUUGCGGUGCUAACGUUACUUUUUUGUCUAUAUUUAAGCAAUGGAAAGACAAACUACCAAUCGCGUACAAAAAAAUGACUGUCUUUAGAAGUCCCCUCUACAUGGCCUUCUCUUAUGAAGAAAACCAAGGACCGACCCACAGUAUACUGGCUGAUGUACUCAGGGACAUUAGCGUUUCCGUGAAUGCUACAACAAAAAUGCUUAGCAGCGAGGUAAGAAACUUGCAAGAAGACUUUUGUACUUUCAAAGUACUUCUUCAUUGUUUGUGAAAGUUUAAAGACAGAAACAUAUGAGUGUUUUUUAUAAAAACAAAAAGAUAGCGUUAGAGUGGAAAAUGAUAAGUAGCGAUACAUUUUCAACUGAAAAAGGAAUAAUCAUAAAAAAUAAAUGGAUCUUCGAAUGAGCACUUCCGCCUCACCUCCGCUGGUAGGCUAACUAAAUAAUCGAUUUUAUAUAGCAGGCUAAGUUAAUAGUUUAGAUAAAUAAAAAACGAUUCGUCUUCCUACUGUAUUUACUAUUUAUUGUCACGUUUGAAUUUUUCAUCACGAAAUUAGAAAUUAGGCUUUCAAAGAGGGUCUCAAUGGGGUUAACCGUCAGCCGUCAAACGGCCUAAAAUUUCACCGUCAACCGUCUAAAAAGGUACUAAUUUUUUACAAUCAAUCGUCAAAAAUGCAGAUUGAUAUCAAGGAGAAUGAAAUAAAAUGCUCUUUUUAGCAUUUCAGCUGAUCUUCAUUGACUUCUGGCUCCUGAAGAUUCUCCAAACAAGAAAACCAGUUCCUUUGUUCGCAAAAACCGACUUCUUCUCUGAGACAUUACAAGACCUUAGAACUUGCUUAUAUCUGGAAUUAUUUCGAAAUUUUAUAGGUCAAAGGCCAAGACACCCUCCAAAACACACUAGUUAAUAUCAAUUUCAAAAUUCCAAAUAAUCUUUUGUAUUUUUUACCUGAAAUUUCAGAUGGGAAAAAGAAGCAUCCCAGUGCCACUUGUUGAGUCUGUAAUCACCGAGGCAGACCUCAAUAACUAUGUUCGAGUAUUCCUUCAGGCUUGCGUGGACAAAAGCAUCGUGGUACGUAUUGAAUAAACUACUGACUUGAAAAAAAAAAAAAUGCGCUCUGAAAACGAGUUCAGAUAAUAGCAACAAAAAAUAUGAACAAAAAUAUUGACAGUGGUCGAUGCAAGGCUGGUCUUUUGUCAAGCUCUUCACAGCCAUUAAAAACGUAGAAAACAAAUUAAACUAAAAUCAUGCAGUCGUCUGCGCGAGAAUACGUAUCAACCUAUAACAUGGGUUCCUUGUUAAAAUUUACGCUAAGUGUGAGGUUAAAAUUUAACAGCAAACCAUAAGACCAGAAAUUACUAACUUAUUUAAAUUGCCGUAUGUUUUAUUUCAUUUUCCCAACAGACCCUUAGUAUAACAGACGAUGUAGUCAAGGCUUACCGGAAUUACGUCAUCCUCCAGUCGCUGAAGAGUGAAAUCAACGAGGCUUCCAUUUGUGUCAGAGGGAUCUGA